UCAUCUAUCAAUUCAAAAUCCACAGCGAUAAAUUUCACUGUUAAUUCAAAAUCCGACAUAAUAUUCAACUUUUAUCCCAUCGAAAUUGAAGAACAAAACCGAAGACCCACAUUUAUUCAUUCUUCAUAUUUGUUCCUAAUCAAACCCCACAUAAAACCCCCACAAAAAGGGAAAAAGAGAAGUAAAGCCCAGUCCCCAGCCACUUCAAUCAUGGCAGAUAAGAAGAAGAAGAACGAGCCAGUGAAAGAAGAGAAGAAGAUCCCUGUCUUCACAGUGCUUAAAAAUGGUUAUAUUUUCAAGAACAUCUUUCUCAUCGACAGCCCUCCUUCAAUCUCUGAAGAACCCAAGUCGAUCGAGUCCAGUGGGAAUAGUGAUAGAUGUAACGAAGAGAUCUUGAUCGUGGGAAGGCACCCAGAUUGCAACAUCAUGCUGGAGCACCCGAGCAUUAGUCGAUUUCAUCUUAAAAUCUGCUCGAAACCGUCGUUGCAGAAGCUUUCAGUGAUGGACUUAUCAUCUGCCCAUGGGACAUGGAUUUCGGGGGAAAAGAUUGAACCACAAGUUCUGGUUGAAUUGAAUGAGGGUGAUACUCUGAGGUUGGGUGCUUCAACGAGGAUUUACAGACUGCAUUGGAUGCUUCUGAGCCAAGCAUUUAAUGUUGAAACCCCAUUUAUUUCUCCAUCAGAUGCGUUACCUUAUGAAGAAGAAGAAGAGGAGGAGGAAGAGGAGGAAAAAACGAAUCAAGAUGAGAACUCAACGCCAGUUGUAGAGGGAAUGUCCCCAUCGGCACCUCCACCUCCACCUCCAGAAACCUUGAAUUUUUCAUUCCCUGAAGAAAAUUUAAUCAAGAACUCAUUUGUUUCUGCGUCUGAUGCAUUAAGACAAGAAGAAGAAAUAUUUCAGGAUGAGAAUUCAGCACCAGUUGUAGUGGGAAUGUCCCCAUCGGCAUCUCCGCCUCAAGAAACCAUGAAUUCUUUCUUCCCUGUUGCGAAUUCGAUGGCAUUUGAACAUAAACAGAUCCCUUCUGCACCUCCCAUGCCAGAGUCCAUGAAUUCAUCCUCUCCUGAUGAAGGGAAAGGAGUGGAAGAAGAGGAGGUCAUGUCUGCUGGUGAAAGGGUUGAAGUUGGAGAAAACCAGAGUCCACUAGGGAGAAUUCUUGACAAGCCGGACAUGUCGACCCUCUGGUCAGAAACUGUUGUGACAGAAUCUGUGAAUUCAUCAUUGCCUAUGGACGAAGUACUCUCGGAGAUCACAGCUCUACAACUUGACAAAGAGAACCAGAGCCCACAAGUCCUUUGUUCCACAGAAGUCCUAUCUGAAAGAGAAAAUCAGGAAACGCCUUUGAAAAGCUCAGAGAAAAAGAACAAAACACCAAAUCUUUGGUCACGAAGAGGCAAACCGGUAAGUGUUCUUCAAAUUCAAACAGGAAAGAGCAAAGGGAAGAGUGUGGGAGAUAGUAUCAGUGUUCGAACAGAAACAGAAAAUCAGAAAUGCGGAAAAGAGAACCCAAUUUCUAGGGUUCUUUUCCCUCACUUGAAUGGAGAAGAAGAAAUUUUCACUCCAGACAAGGAGAAUUUCAGCCCAAUUACUUUGCUUCUCAAAUCCAUGAAGAAGGUUAAGGUGGACGAAAACAUGCAUUUGAAGUUAUGCAAAUCAUCAUCAUCUAAGAUUACUGCUGACUCCAGUGUGGAUCCAGAAGAAGAGCUUUUCUCUUCAGAUAAGGAGAAUCAAACAUCUGUGAUUUUCAAAGAAAGAAAAGUCAAGGGAAUUGAAUCACAAACUCGAGCAAGGCUGGAAACUGGGAUCACGGAUACAGAGAAAGGACUUGAGAGAGUGCCAUUUCAGUCCUUACUAUCAAAAUCUAUCAGUAAAAGCAGGUCAAAAGUUUCAGUCAGUAAUGCUACUACAAGGAGCAGCAAUUCUGUCAACUGUGCCCAAGCCAUACAGAAAAACAGUAACCCGUCAUCUUCUUGUAUGCUGCAGAAUCAGCAUCAUAAAGAUGCCAAGAAGAAGUGGAACAUGGUGGUUGACACAACUUGUCUUCUAAACAAGGAGUCUAGAAGGUCAUUGAAGCUCCUACAAGGCCUCAAGGGAACACAACUCAUCAUUCCAAGAAUGGUCAUAAGGGAACUGGAUUGUCUGAAACGACGUGGAUGCCUCUUUGGAAGGGAAUCAGAUGUUUCUUCUGUACUGAAAUGGAUAGAAGAGUGUAUGGUGAAAACGAAGUGGUGGAUUCAUGUUCAGAGUUCAGUGGAGGAGACCAGGCCAAUUGCACCAACCCCUCCUGCUUCUCCAGGCUUUAGUGAGGCGAGCAACGGCGGAUUUGCUGGAGGUUCUACUUGUUCAGUUCCAUUUUCUUCCUUUGGAAGUUUGUCAGAGAUUGUUUCUCCGACAGCAGAAGACCAUAUCCUUGAAUGUGCUCUCCUAUUCAAGAGAAUUAAGAUUGAUGAGCAGAUCAUUCUUCUCUCAAAUGAUGUUACUACGAAGAUCAAAGCAAUGGCAGAAGGAUUGCUCUGUGAAACCGCUAAGGAAUUCCGUGAAAGUCUUGUGAACCCAUAUUCAAAGAGGUUCUUGUGGGCAGAGAGCACCCCAAGAGGGCCUACUUGGUCUUGUGUGGAUGACAUAGUUCUUAGGGAGAAUUACUACAAGCGUCCUGUCAGGAAGAGUACUCCAAGGGGCUUGAAGCUUAUUUUGCUCCAUAAUUCUCAAUAUGGGCAGACCAAUUCGGUCAAUUGAACUGUUAUCUGUAAUUCCUCUUUUGUCUAGUUUGUCUGUGAAUGAAUCUUUAUUUUCUACCUAACAGUCUUGUUAGUUCUUUCGACUAUAACAUUGUCAAUCAAAAGGGAUAGUUCUUUCUGUAAAUCAUCAGAUGCUGGAGUUCUUACUUUUUGGCAUUCA